UCGUACGUACUUUGCAGACAAACCAAGGAUUUUUUUCCUAAAUACUGAAAAGUCUGAAAAAGGAAAGAAAUGUCAGCUAAAGAAAAGUGACAGAGUUUUCAAAACCAAACAUGCAUGUCUGUAUUGUAGAAAGAUGGUCUGUAAGCCAACCGCUCACAUGUGCGCUGUCCACAAAGACCAAAAGGAAAUCAUUAGUCUUACCCAUUUAAUGAGAGCAGAGUGUGACAAUGAAACAACCAGAGAGCAGAAAGUUAAAGAACGUCAACGACAGGUGAAUAUACUUCGCAACAAGGGUAACCACAUGCACAACCUCCGUGUGCUCGAAGCCAAUGAAGGUGAAAUUAUUUUGAGCAGAAGACCAGCAGCACCAGGAACUGUCUAUUUAGACAGCUAUGGACCUUGCAAACAUUGUUAUGCAUGGUGUUGCGACAUGACAAAACAUCAGAAUUACAGAUGCAUUGGUAUGAUUGAUAAAACUACCAAGGUCAGUAAAAGAUGUGCUGAAUUGCAAAGUGAUAUUUUGAAGGGAAGAUACAGUGAUGCAUCCCAGCUACUAAAGGAUGAGGUUUAUCCCCGCAUGUUGAAUGAUGAGGUAACACAGAUAGCCACAAGUGAUCCAAUCAUUGUUGAACUAGGAAAUUCCUGGAUAAGAAAGUCUAGAAAGAAUAAGCUGCGAAGAGCCAAUUAUGCAAGCACAAAGAUGAGGACAGCAGCUCGGUUACUGAAAACUCUGAGAAGAUUUGAUUCAACACAUGUGAAUAUGACAGAUUUCCUGGUUCCAGCAAAAUUUGAAAUGGUAGUCUCUGCCACUGUGAAAACCUGUGGUGGAACUGAAGAUAGUUUCUCGCAUCCUUGCACUGCCAUCAAACUUGGACACGACAUACAGCGAAUGACAGAUAUUAAGGAAACAAAAGCACUCAUGGAUGGAAACAAGCAGCAACAAGUGAAUGCAGAGAACUUCAAUAAAUUAAUGAGAAAGAACUGGCAUGAGCAUAUAACAUCGCUUGCUAAUGCUGUAAUAACAGAACGUAAUUUCAACAAGUUAGUGUUACUUCCAAAGCCUGAUGACUUGAAAAAACUCUCAGACCACAUCCAAGGAGAAAUAGGAAAGAUGGAUGUAAUUAAAGACAAAAGUGACUUCAGGAGAGCUGUGGAAUUGGUUGAGGCUCGCCUUCUUACUUACAACAAAAGACGGCCGGGAGAACUUGAGGCUAUAAGCUUGCAGCACUACACUAAUAGACCAGAAGAAGAAGAAGACCACCUAGAAGAGUUUAGGGCAGAUUUGACAGAUCUCGAGAAGCAACUGGUUAGAUCACAUGAAGUACUGACUGUACGAGGCAAACGAGGACGGCCUGUACCUGUGCUCAUCCCACCUGAUGUGUGUCAUCUUUUAAAGUUAAUAUCUGAUGAAGAUGUUCGGCGUAUGGCUGAUGUACAGGGUUCUCCGUAUCUGUUUCCAAAUUAUGGUAAGAGGUUAAAAAAAUUGCGUAGCUAUUUACCUCAAAUUUACUGUUAAUGAAUGCAGUACAGUCGAACCUCAUUACUCCUAACCUCUUAAGGCAUUGAAGAUUAAUAUGUUGUAAAGGUGGUACAUUACAACCAGUUAAUAAUUCCAUAAAUAAUGGAUACAAAUUCCGAACUUGGAGAAUUAUAGUACUUUUAGUAUACGGGUGUAAACAUUAUAAACGGGGUACAUUGUAUCAAGAUUCGACUGUAGUUGGUCAAUAUUUAUUUGUGUAACCCGUCGAGUAGCGG